AAUAAAACUUCUCAAUUUUGCUUGUUUCAGUGUAAAGGACCCAAUCUGUAUUUAUAUCAUGAAUCAAGAAGCGACAACUGGUGCAGACCCGUUCACCGAGGAGCUGGACAAGCACAUCUCCGCCUCACUGGAUAAGUGGCACGUUCCAAGCUUUGCGCUGGCCGUGGUAGAUGGCGACAAUGUGUACAGCCGAGCCUACGGGUAUGCUACCCUGCCUGAUGUAAAGGCUACUCCCGAAACGUUGUACUUUGCUGCUUCGACUACCAAGGCUCAUCUGGGCGCGGUUCUCUCACACCUUAUCCACUCUAAAGAGUACCCCCAGCUUAAACAGGGAUGGGAAACGACGAUUUCCACUAUUAUACCGGACGACUUUGUCCUCGCGGACGAAUGGCUUACGCAAAACCUGACUCUGGAAGAUGCCAUCUGCCAUCGUACAGGCACAUCGGCCCACGAUGAUGCUUGGUUUAGCGAGCGGGAUGGAAAACAUGUCAGUCUGCGAGAUACUGUUCGCAGUCAGCGACAUUUCCCCAAGGGCUGGCAACCGCGCUAUAAAUACCAGUACAACAACAUGAUGUACGCUACCCUCUCGCAUGUUGUCGAGGUUGUCACUGGAAAGUCUCUGGCUGAAGUCUUCCAAACCAUUCUCUGGGAGCCUCUUGGUAUGCACUCUACCUUUCUUAACCUGAAGGAUGCAGAAGGUAGUCCCAACCAUCUUGCCACAGGAUAUUACUUUGAUCCAGAGACGUCCCAACAUAAGGCACUGCCAGUGCCCGACUUUACCCAGUGCAGCGGGGCUGGCGCCAUCAUUUCCAAUACGCAGGACUACGCAAAAUGGGUCAAAUGUUUGUUUUCAAAGGGUGCGCCGCUCUCUGACGAGGUGCAUGAGGAUAUCCGUAAACCUAGAAUGAUUGCCACCACAUCGCCCUCACAGGGGCAGGAUGUUCGUUUGUAUGCCGCAGGCUGGUAUCGAACCACCAUACAAGGCCAUGUCUUGUACAGACAUGCGGGAGGGACAGACUCUACUAUUACACAAGUCCUCUUUCUACCUGACCAUAAUUAUGGUGUAGUCAUGUUCGCUAAUGAUGCCGAGGGAGGAAAUGGCAUCACGCUAGACGUUUUGUUCAAGUUGGUGUGCGACAAGCUGUCAAUCCCAUCGGACAAGCGCCCUGAUAUGGACGCCAUGUAUGAAGCUGACUUCACACGUUGACAUAAAACUUCUCUGACUAACGAUAUUCUCUUUUAGGAUAACUGGAUGGCUGGCAUCGGCCGACAAGGACCAUGAGGUGGGCACGGUGAUGAAAACAGUGUAUCCUGAUGCACCUGAGACCCCUGAACCGUCACCUGUGGCCAUCGGCGAUCUUUGCGGCACGUAUGAAGACGCUGCCUAUGGUAGGUUUACGCUAGUAGAACAGCCCGAUUCCCACAAGAGUGGCGCAACCAUGCUUACAGCUGAGAGACCGGGGAUGAUAUGGAAGUCCAGCUUUCGGCUUCACCACGUCACCGGUGCCCAAUGGGUUCUUUUCAUCGACCAUGAAAAUCCGAGACCAGCUGUCCUAGGUCACUUUCAGGGUGCCGAAUUCCAGAUUGACGGCGCUGGCAAGGUGACUGGGUUCAAAGUAGACUGGAAGAACUGGGGUGAUAAAUCUAGCAAUGGUGUCACCACUUUUGCCAGGAUCUAAGUCGGGGUGGUCCAGGGGGUGAUAGACAGAGGCUGGUAGUAGUACAAUAUAAAUUAUACAUGAAGAGAUGAUCUAUUUCUUGGCGCGUCGUGGCGUUGCCGUUUUCUUCGCCUUGUGUCCUUCAGGCUCUUCUUCCUCAUCCGCCUUGCGCUUAUUAGCCAUUCGCUCCUUUUUCUCCUCGCUUAGGCCGCCCUCUAAAAUGUCAAAGAAUUGCUGUUCGGUGAUUGUUUCCAGUUCGAGCUCGUUGAUGGUCUCGAGCUUUUUGGGGCCAGCGCGGAAGCCAAGGACAAUGUAGUCUGUGUCCUCCAGCUUUGUUACAACAUCGGCGCCGUACUUCUUGGCCGUCGCAAUGGACGUGUUGCGGUCCAUCGUCUCAAAUGUACCAGUAAAGAGGAUUUUGACACCUUCAAGACAGCCGGGAAUGCCCUUGGGGAUUGUCUUGCGGUGGCCUGUUUUCUUGACAGCAUCCAAAGCGCGCGAUGUAGACGUUCUACCAAUGGCAGUCUUGCUACGCUUGCCAGACUCGACUUUUACUUUUGUCGUGUCUUCUUUUUCUUCUUCGGGUUCGUCUUCGUCAUGGUCUUCGCCAUCUUCAUCCUCACCAUCCUCGUCCUCUUCCAAUUCUUUUUUAAUGUGCUGUUUAGCCUUGGCGCCGUCUUCAGCAGCGCUUCCCGGAUCUACAACAGCUUCAAACACAGAGACCGUGACAUCGUGCUUUUUAGCGCCGCUCUUGGCGCAGUGACCUAUUGAAAGUGGUCAAUGGUGACUAUCUCUUAUAAAAAUUUUCUGAUAUUGGGAUUAGUAAAUACCUUGGUAAAGACCAUUUUUACCCUUUCGAUGCGUUUCCGUCAGAUUGUCGUCGCCGAGCUGCUCGACAACUGAUGCAAGCAAUUGUCUACCUGCUGCAUUGGCUGCGGCCUUGGUCGAAUAGAGUUGCGGCUGUUGUAGGCCAGAAGGGUAUUUUGACCCGUUGGCAACGAAUGCGGACAAAACAUAGAGAACUGGGC